CACUACAAAAACUGCCCACACGGCAUCAAUGCCUCUUCCAUAGCCACUGCUCUCUCUCUCUCUCACACACACACACUCGGCAAGGUGGAGAGGAACGAGAAGGGAGCACGCACGGAGCUAAUGGAGGAGAAAAGCGACGAGCCUUGGUUCGGCCGCCGCAUCCUCGGAGUCGCCGGCGCCGGCGCCGUCGCAGUCGCCUUCUUCCUGCUGUCGGGGAUCGGGGACAGUACAGACCAGGACCAGACGGCAGAUGAUCCGCCGGCCCGACCGAGGAGGACGAUGAAAGCGCCGGACACCGGCGGCAUGGACAUCUCCCGCGACAAGUUCAAUGAGAACCCGAAGCACUACUUCAAGACCAAUCGCCAGAAGGGACCCAAGGCCGCCGUUGACGCUUUCCGGUAACUGACGACGACGGCUAAAAGGAGUACAGCUCCUUCCCGCAUAAUAUACAGGUUUCCAUUCCUUGCAUGCUUGCACGUAUAUAUGUAGUAGUACUAUAUAUGUACUGCAGUCUGCAUGUACGUGUGCAUGCGUAUGUACGUAGCACUAUGUAUCUGCACGUACCUAGCCACGUAUGAAUUGAAUAUGUCGUGAUAUAUCUUCAUGUACUACUGUGUGACUACCCUUUACCAGGCUAGUGUGUAAUAAUAUGUGUGGUAAUAAUUGUCGCAUGCGUCGUAUGGCUGAA